CGCACGUAGUACUCGUAGAUUUCGCAACGGUCUGUCGGUCAAAGUCCACGCCGCACACACACACACGUCGUACGGAUUGCAAAACAGGAAACAGAGAUUCUUGCUAACACAAAAAUAAGUGCGGUCAAUGUUAUUCAGAUGUUUGCUAUCACUGGACAAGCCAUUUCUCCACAACCUUCUGCAGAAAGAAUUACACCAGAAGUCGACGACAGAAAUACAGAAAGCCUGCAAGUCGAACUUGAAGAAGCUUUUGCUUUAGAAGAAAACAUACAGCUGGAAGAGUUCCCAGAGGUAGGAGAAACUUCACAGCCGGACGAAAUCCAAGCGGAAGAAGAAGAAAAUUUCGAGCCUGAGAUUGAGAUUGAGACAAAGACUAACAUGAGUGAAGUAAUCAUGGAGCCCGUUGGAUCUGGUCCAGGGAAUGUUGUUGUUUGUGAUGGAAGUAAUGCUGACAGUGCUGGCAUCAUCACCCGUGUCACCAGCAUCCCUGUUGUCAGCUCCACCCUCGGACAGGUGUCUAAUAUGUACACCUGGACCAAAGAGAGCAGCCAAUUUGCCAACACUGCCCUUGGAUACGCCGAGAAGUCUGUAUCCAUGGCAGCAUCCACUGCUCAGCCAGUUGUAAGCGCUCUGGACAAGCCAAUUACAAUGGUGAAUGAUUUCGCUUGUCACACACUGGACAAGCUGGAAGAGAAGGUACCAAUGAUCAACACGCCAACUGAAGAGUUGUUGACUAACCUCCAAGAUGGCACUAAGGCAGUGUAUGACAACACCAAGCAGAAGGGUGUUGAUGGAGUGAACCGGUUCAUGGGUACUCCAGUAGGCAAAGCUGUCACCAUGGGCAUCGAUACCGCUCUGGCUGUCUCUGAGUACGCUGUGGAGUAUUGCCUGCCAGCCGAUGAGACUGAGGAAACGGGUGAGAAAAAGAUUGAAUUUGAGGAUGAGAUGGAAGACGAUGAGGUCAUGGAGAAGGAGGCUCCUACUGCUGUGAAGCGCGUUGAGAUCCUCACCAACAAGCUGCGUCACCGCAUCCACAAGAAGGCGCUGUUAAACAUCCGCUUUGCCCAGAAACGUAGCCAGGAGACCAUUGAGAAACUGCACUUCACUGUAGACUUGAUUGAUUAUGCUAAGGCCAGCAUCGACAGUGCCAAUCAAUCCAUUGUGUCUACAGCUGGAGAUGCAAAGGAGAAGCUCUGGACGACCUGGAAUGAUUGGACGACCACCGAAGGAGAAGAAGACAAAGGUGCCGAAGAUGAAGAAGUCAAAGAUACGGAGGGUGAUCAGAAGACCCUAGCCAUUGCUCGUAGCCUUGCCAGGCGCCUCCGUGGUAUUACAGAGAAUGUCGCAUCCUCCGUUGUUCUCCUCCCGCAGCAAUUCCGUGAGAAGGUCCAGGAGACUAGGAACCUGGCUGAUUCCUUGCACCGUUCCUUUGAAGAGGCCCAGACUCUCAGCGAUGUUUCAGCGGGCCUGAUGACAACCUGUAGAGACCAACUGAAUAAUUUGUCUCAAGCGUCCAUCCAACUGGCAGAUUAUGUCAUUAAUUCCUCACCGCUCCAGUGGCUGAUCCCAAGCGAGUUACCCAACAUUGAGAUGGAAGGCCUGGAGUUUGACUACAUGAUAGGCUCAGACCAAAACGACGUGGACCUCACCAGCGACUCAAGCGAGUUCUAGUUUUAACCCUUGGGACUUCUACAAAACAUCACAAGUCACCUUAUACAACAACCAAGCCUUGCACUUCCUACACUUUAACCAGUGGGCUGUUAACACUGCACUCUUCACGGUGGCGCACUGAGUGACUAACGAAGGUUCUAGCAGUAUUAACAAAGGGGCUGCACCUUGUUUGCUUAUUGUUUGAACAUCUGACAAUUCUGGAAUUAUUCUCAUUUGAUUCACAGGAGGAGGAAUGACGGCAAAUGGAUUUCAGACAACAUAGCCCUCAUAACUGACUGUGCAAGUCUUGUGUGGAGUCAAAUAUUUUUGGGACCACUUUAGUCCCACAUACAUUGCUUUAACUUGUGAAAACAAAAAUUAAUGCAUUUCAGUUUGUCCCAAUGUCUGGACACACCCAAGACUUGCACAAUCAUUAAGGACACAAUGCCCCCUAAGUUGCUUAAAGUAACCAUGUAACCACCUAGUUUACUACGUAGAAUAAGACACCAUAUCAUCAACCAAUGGGAGACAUUUUGAGGGGUGGUCUUCAGACAUUCAACUCUUUCAGUACCCACUUUUUGUUGCCAUUUUGGAUCUGGUUUGCCAAGCUUUUUUUAAGUUUUUGAAAUUCUGUGUAACGUUUAAUACUUCUAGCCAAACAAAAAUGUUUCUUGCUGAUUUGUGUUGCCCUGGUACAUUUCAAAGUAAAGUGUUAAUUCAUUUUUGGUUUUAGCCCCCAAAAUGAAUAUUUUUUAUCCUGAUACAGAUUUUACACCUAUCAUGUCUAUUCAAAAUAUUUCUUGAGUGAUAAUGCCCACUUGUGGAAACAUUUUUUUUAUGUUGUACAUGUACAUGUAUCAAAGAUUGUACAAUAUAUAAUAAAUGGCACUUUCAGAACACAUAAAAUAGAUCAUACUUGUACAAUAUGGCGCUGAAAGAGUUAAGUGGCUGCAGUUAAAGGAACAUGUUACCUUGGAUCGGACGAGUUGGUCUAUAAAAAGCGUUAGUAAC